GGCUCGUGGGAGGUGCCCUCCUCCCCGGGCCUUCGUUCGCCGUGGAGGUUGCCGCGUCGGGAGCUUUGAAUUUCGCCCGAGGAGGUCUCAUGGAUUCAGUGAGCGAUGCCCUGGCCAACAAGGCGUCAAGCACACUUCACAACAGGGCAGGACCUUUGAUUCGUUUUGCAAAGUUCUGGAGGGACAGGGGUUGUGAAUGUUUUCCAGUCGAGGAACCGAUGCUGUACGAAUACUUCAAGUCUUGGACAAACGCCGCACCGAGUUCUUUCAGAUCGCUUUUGCUCUCCAUUUCGUUCGCCUUCCAUAUUUUGGGCCUCAUGGGAGGGGAAGUCGUUUUGAACAGCGGUCGAAUUAAGGGUUUGUCAGCGGCGCAUUUUUGCAAUCGAAGGAAAGUAGUGCAAAGGCCACCUUUGACUGUUGAGCAAGUGCAGCACCUGGAACAGAUCGUGAAGGACGAACGUAGGACUGCUUUUGACAGGAUCGCAGCAGGCUACUUUUUGCUCUUGAUCUUCGGAAGACUUAGGUUCAGUGACGGACUUCAUAUUUCGAGCAUGAAACUUGAUGUCAUCACAGUCGGCACCGACCUGGAAGGUUUCCUUGAAUGCGAGGCCGAAAGAACGAAGACCUCGAUCACAUUGGAGCGCAAGACAAGGCACCUUCCGACUGCUGUUCCAAUCCUGGGUUUUUCCGACCCUAGCUGGGUUUUGACGUGGCUUGAACUGAGGGACAAGGCGGGUUUGAAGUGUGAGAGAGGAACACCUUUGAUGACCUCACCAAUGGCGGAUGGCUCGUGGUCCAAAACCCCUUUGCCGGUGAGUUCAGCAGGGGAAUGGCUUCGAGCUUUGUUGAAGGUGUCCGAUGGUGCCGCAGUUCGAAUCGCAACGCAUUCGUGCAAGAGCACCUUGUUGAGCAUGUGUUCGAAGUUUGGCUUAGAACAUUCAGUUCGUCGCAUGUUGGGAUACCACAGCUGUUCGAAAGACAAGUCAUUGCUGGUAUACUCGAGAGACAGCAUGUCCUUGCCUUUGAGGAGACUUAGGGAAGUCAUCAUGGCGGUGAGGACUGACAUGUUUUUCCCGGACAAGACUCAGUCCGGAUAUUUCGCCCCGGGCUCAACUUGCGAAAGCAACCAGCCUGCUUCAGACGACGAUGGUUCGCUGGACUCGGAGAGCAGGGGUUCGGAGAGUGAGGAGGACGACAUCCCGGAGGAAGAAGAGAAAGCAGUUGCGCAAGUUGUAGGCCCCUGGAGGCCACAGGAGGCCACCGACUCUUUGUGCUACGCUCGCCACAAGACUUCCCGAUGCCUUCAUGUUCUCGCAGACGAAGGAGGUACGCAUUUUCGUUGUGGCCGAACUGCAAAUGCCAACUAUUUGCGCCUGGAUGAGAAACCGGAGUUCGUGCCAUUGGUGGACAUGGUGAAGGACGCUUUGAAUUUGGGCCGUGAUGCAACGGCUUUAGAGAUGAGUCACUAUGAACCAGGUGACACCUUAGUCGACAAGUUUUGCAAUUGCUAUGAGAGCGACAGGUAUUGCCUUGUGAGGCGAGGCCUCGCGAUGGAGCAGGCAAAUGUGAUGAGCUAUGAGAACCACGACAGGCACUUGCUUCAACCUCGGAUGGCCCAGAACGCUGCGAUUCCGAACGCGAAUCCCAGUGGCUUCAAGCCGAACAUCGUUAAGGAGGACGAUGCCUUCAAGCGUCGCAAGCUCGGUCCCAAAGGAAAGGGAGGAGGUCGCCGUAAGAAGAACACAGCUUUGCUUGCGAGCGACGCCCGCUUUAGCUGCAUGGAGAGAUUUUGUGAUGGCACGCAUUCUCACGAGGGGUGGGGAUUUGACGAGGAGGUCUCCCGUCAGUUGUGGCAUCCAUACGACGAACUGAUGAACUUGCCAGAUGAUCUCAUUCGUUGCUUGUUUCUGAACUUGACCUUGGGGUUGGUGGAGCUCACCAAGCAUAGGAUCAAGACAUUGGAUAGUUGGAUGCAAAAGGCCAGGGCUUUGCAGAUGCGUGAGCGAGACCUGCACAAGAAACUGAACCCCAAAGUAGUUGAGGAUGAAGAUGAGCGUGAACUGUACGACAUCACCCUCCGAGAGGCAAACGAAAAGGGGUUUUGUAAACACCGAGGAGCAAUAGACUUCAAGCUUAGUGAUGGGAGCCGGCUUAAAGGUCAGGUGCACGAGUCCUGGUCAAAUGCCCAAGGUCAGUUCCGUAUGACUUCGUUCGACCUUGCGUCGGCCUACAAGCAACUCCCUCUACACCCAGAGGAGUAUUGUUGUUCGAUAGUGACCCUGAAGAACCCCGACACCAAGUCUGCUGUGUGCUUUGAAAUGCGUACCCUUCCUUUUGGAAGUGUGGCCAGUGUGCUCCACUUCAACCGCAUCUCAAGGCUCAUCUGGGCCUUGGGUCUUAGGCUGGGAAUCUUGUGGACUAACUAUUUUGACGACUACCCUACAAUCACGCAUGAGGCUCACCAGCUGUCGACCAUGACAUGCGUGAAAGGUCUCUUUGAACUUCUAGGUUUCGCCUUUGCCGAAGAGAAGCUGGCACCUUUCGGGGAAGAAGCCGAAACUUUAGGAGUGCUCGUGAAUCUGUCCCAAGCCUCUCAGGGCAAGAUAGUCGUGGACAACAAACCUUCGAGGAAACAGGAACUGCUGGAGACUAUUGACAAGGUUUUAGGCGACGGCUUUGUGAUCCCAAUCCAGCUUCCUUCGAUCCUUGGUAGGAUGCAGUUCGCAGACAUGCAGUUGGCAGGAAAGAUGGGUGAUGAAGAUGAUCCGACUGUCAAGAUUCAGAAGGUCUUCAGUGUGCGUGUCGGGAACAUGAAGAAGACUUGUUGGCUACCUGAUGUAGCUGAAGUGGAAGGAAAAGAAGCGUGUGACGCAGCCUUGCAUCGUAAGCUGAAAGAGUCUGAGGAUGAUCAACCCAUGCAUCGCCUUCGUGCUGCCAAGGACGAUGAUGGGGUUCUCAUAGACAAAAGGUUUGUGAUGAUUCGAUUGCCCGCCUUUUCUGAACCUGGUCGAGAGUUCCCUGAGAUUUCGUGCCGUGUGCUGUGGCAAAUCAAGGGCGCCGAUGUAUGGCUGGAGCUGACUGAAGCGACGGUGACGUAUGUUUUGGCAGCUCUCAGAGUGAGUGAGCGCUUUGUGAAACAAAAGAAGCUGAGAGGGUCGCCGAAACGGCGUAGAAAACUCCGACGUCGUGCGUCUGAAUCUUUGCCGAGGGCAGAGGAAGAGGAAACCAUUCCUUGA